AUGUUGACGUUAACAUUUGUCACCAACGUAGCGCUCUUCUCUGAGAGGGGUGUGUCCUGUUGCCAUGGAGAAGCGUUAGUUCCGGAACAAACAGGAAAGACGCAUUUGAAAAACACCAUCAUGCCAGGGGAUAGGAGCUGUAGUACGCUGCUGCUGCCACACAGGAGCUCUGACCUCAGGAAGAAGAAAAAGGAGAGAAAUAAAGCUUUUGCCACCGACCCAGAACUAAAAGAGAGACCUGUGAUUGUAUCUCCAACACCCCAGCCGUCCCCUCAAGAUCCAGGUCAGACUGAGCUUCCCGAGCUCAGAGCUAUCAGUAAAAAAAACAGUAAUCAUUACUCCCAUGGUGCCAGUAAGACAAAAGAACGAAGAAAGGAUUCAAGGAGCCUCUUUGCAGCGGCUCCUACAGCCAGUGACAACAAAGUUCCUGCUUAUGAAUCAGAGCUCGGCGUACAAGCCAGGGAGAGCCUGAGGUGGGAAGGAGUGCUGCAGGACCCACAGGAGGAGGCAAAGAGGCUGGAGCGGUACAGAGCCAACAGGCGACAGCGUUACGUCACACACAGAGAGGCUGCGUUGAAGGAAGCACAGCAGAUCUUGAGAGAAGCAGAACUGAAGACUUCAGCUGACUGAAUAACAUGAGACUGUGUCGAUUCUGCAGCUGAGUAGCAAAUAAGGAUUUGCAAAGUUAAUAAUUUUAGGAUUCACUGGUUCACAAAUAACACUGAUUUACUCACA